GCAGCCGCUUCCUGACCGAAAAGAUGUGGAGUGGACUGCUGCCUCCUGGCCUAAAUGAAAGUGAUGUUGAGUCAAAUUCUGAAGAUGAAGCCACACUGGAGAAGUCUGAACUCGACUUACAGGAAAAUAAAGAGGAUGGGACUAAUAGAGACACAGAAAUCUCAAGUUUCCCAGCAGAUGGACCAAAAACAGAAACAGAGGCCAAUAUAGAUGCAUAUGAAGAAUGCCCUUCUGGAAUUCCCUUAAAUUUGUGGAAUAAAUUUCAAGAAUUGCAUAAAAACCAUUCUGAACAGAAAAUCUCAACCUCAAGAUUCAGAGGGAAAAAGAGAAAACGCUCCAGAAAAGAUAAACUGAAGAAUGAAAAAGAAUCUCAUAGUGAACAGCCUUUAAAUGAAACCCAAUGGAAGGAGCUUACUCAGUACUUUGGAGCCAAUGAUAGAUUUGAACCCCCUGUUAAAAAGAAAAAAGUUGAAAAGUCAGGUCUUGAAAAGAGGAUAGACCAGGCUGUGGAGGAAUGGGAUGUUGAGAAGGCUGAAGAACUCAGCAACCAGCUUGCUACUCGAGAGCUUGGUGUAAAAAUUGCCAAAGCAAUUGCCUGUCACAAGUUUGUAAAAGCCAAAAAGGAGGCUGAAAACUCUCAGGCUGCUCGAAAAAAGAAGAAACUUGCGUGGGGAUUUGAAGCAAAGAAGAGAUGGGAAACCAAAAGCAACAUGGGAUAUAUGUAAUUUGUCAGAGUUCUUCAAGACACUUGCAGAAAUUUACUGAAAAGAUUUUCCUACUUAGGUUAAAUAUAUCAGGAAAUUGAUAGAAGUAGAAAAAAUAAGCAUAAAACUAUGGAGUUGAUUAUCAACUCUUUUCAGCCUUUUCAUAAGGAGUUCUUUCUAUUGAAGUGGAUGAAAUGAAGCAUUUUAUUAUUUAUG